CAGACACACUUUGGAUUUUCCCUGCACAACACCCCACGCCGACUUCAUUCGACAACCCAGCCGUCAAGAUGAAGUUCCUCAAGGUCGGAAGAGUCGCCAUCAUCACCCGCGGCCGCUACGCCGGUAAGAAGGUUGUUAUCAUUCAGCCUGUCGACUCCGGCAACAAGGCCCACCCCUAUGGUCACGCUCUGGUCGCCGGCAUUGAGAGAUACCCCUCCAAGAUCACCCGCCGGAUGUCCAAGACCCGCCAGGAGAAGCGCUCCAAGAUCAAGCCCUUCAUCAAGGCCGUCAACUACAACCACCUGAUGCCCACCCGUUACACACUCGAGCUUGAGGGACUCAAGGGUGCCCUUACCGCCGAGACCUUCAAGGAGGUCAGCCAAAGGGAAGAUGCCAAGAAGAACGUCAAGAAGGUCCUGGAGGAGCGCUACACGAGCGGCAAGAACAGAUGGUUCUUCACCCCUCUGAAGUUCUAAAUCAAUUUCCACAUUGCUGCGUCUUCUGUCGUUUCGGUCAUUAACGGGGUCAUGGGCUGGGGAUGUGUUUUUGGCAUCAUCACACACGGCAUAGGGAGCCUAAAAUAAGGAGUCACGCGCUCUGGAAUCUGAUAGAGAUUUUAACAUCAGACGGCUUUACGAACA